AUGGCAGCGUUCAGAGAGUGUAUAUAAGAAUAGCAAGACGUGCAAGGAGAAAAGCUUCAUUCUCUCUCUCUUUUUUGUUAAUUCAAUUGCCAUGGACGCAUUAGACUUGAGCAACUUGAAAGUAGAGAAAAUGAACAUCAUUAACAGCGUUGCGAAGACGCUUCGCAUUCUCGAACUCUGCAUCGCUCUCUUCUUUCUUUCGUGGUUCCUCACGCGCCUCCCUUUCGCCCUCCAAAUCUCCGCCGACUACCUCCGCAGUCCUCUCUUUGUCUUCGCCGUCUCCAAUGCCAUCAUCGCCGCCGUCCUCGCCCAGUCCCGCCGGUUCGACCAAUCCAAUUCUGCUUCUCCCGUGAUAGAGGCGGAGCACCACCAGAUCAGUGACACGUGUACGGACAAUGAUUCAGGCGCCGCAAUAGAUUCUAACUUUGGAAAAUUCUAUCGCCGGAGUCAGUCGGAGAAGUUGACGGAGAAGAGCGAGGAAAGGAAUGAUACGGCGAGGCGGGAACUCCGGCGGUCGGAGACGGAGAAAGCGCGGGAAAAAUCGUAUCCGCAGGAUAAGCUGAGCAACGAGGAGUUCAGGCGCACGAUAGAGGCGUUCAUUGCAAAUCAAAUGAGGUUGCUGCGAGAAGACUCCUUGGCCAUUUCGCUUUGUAAUUAAUAAUUAACAAGUCAAGUUAGUUAACAGAAACAAAAAAAUAACUAAUUAAGGAAACUGAGCUUUAAAAUAAAAAAAACUCAUCACCUUCUUAGGUUAUGAUGGUGAUUGAUUUCCUUUUAAUUAAGAUUUUUGGGUAAGGCGAAAUUAAGAUAUUGGUAUCACUAUUUGGUGUUAAUGCCCCCCCAACCUACCUCCCAACUGCAGUUUACUGUUCAUUUCUUCCUUCUCUUCCCUCCACAUUCUGUAACUUACUACUACUAUAUUAAAAUUAAAUUAAACAUCAAGAACCUCAUGUCAGUAGUCUUUAUU